AUGGGUAUUAACAAGAUUAUGAAAUUAAAAAGAAAAAAACUGGAUUGUUCCAAUAAUAAAAAUUUGAAUAAACGUAUUAACAAAACCGAUUUUAUUAAAAAACAAAAAUUUAAAGAAAAGUCAAAAUAUCAAAAAUGCUUUUUAUUAAAUAUUAAAGAAAAGUUAUCUAUAAAGUCUUUUUUAAUAAAACAUGUAAAUAGUUUUUUAACUUCAACAAAAGAUAAUGAUGUACUUCAGAAAUCAACAAUGAAUGUUAGUGAUGAUAUUUCAUUUUCAUCAAAUAAAAAUAAAUUUAUUUCUUAUCAAAUGGAUUAUAUAUAUGUAGAGUUGAUUAAUGAAGAAACAUAUAAUGUUGAAUAUAUGUUUAAUCACAUAGAAGACAAAAAAACUUUAUUACACCAAAUACAGCUAUAUGAAAAUAUGGUUAUAUAUUUGAUGCAUAUACAUUUCUCUUAUCCAACAAUUAGCAUCAAAACUGUACUUCUGGCUAUAUCAUUAGUUAAGGAUGUAUUUAGAAGUAGAAUAAUUAGUUCAAAUGAUGCAACGAUAGUCGGAGUAACGUGUUGCUUUAUAGCUUCAAAAUUUGAAGAUGUAUUGGCAUUAACACUCAAUAAUUGCAUGAGAUUUAGUAAUGAAGAGUUUUCUAAACAAGAUGUUUGUGAAGUUGAACUACAGAUAUUGACUAUAAUAGGAUUUCGUAUUACCAGAUCACAUUCAAUAGAAAUAGCCAGAACACUCCUUAAUAUACAACAUACUAAGAAUUCCAUAAAGCAAAUAUGUGAUAUAAUUUGUAUUUGUUGUACUCUUAGUUCUACCAUUUCAUCAGAAAAACCCUCAUCAAUUGCUUCAUGUGCUAUUUUAAUGAGUCACAAGAUAGAAAAUGAAGAGCCAGAUCCUGAGUUACUUAAAUGGCUAUCAUAUAUAUCAAAAAAUGAAGAUCGUGCUUUAAUUUCAAUAAUUAGUGAGCACAUGAAAACUACUGUGGCAAAUUUAUAUCAAAAAUACUAUUGCUUUAGAAAUUUAAUUAAUCAAGUUGCCAAUAAUGAAAUAUUUGAAUUUAUAAUUAAAUCAAUUAAUUGUUAA